UCUAAUUUUCGGUUCAAUGUUGUGUAUUGUAGACGUUAAUUUAUUUAUUUUCAAAACGAAAAUGUUACUCGUGACUGUGCCCUAAGUUAGGUACAUGAUGGCAGGCCGUUUUUGCGUCUACAGAUGAGACCAUGUAAAAUGGAGGAUGCUCUCAGCAUUGAUAGCAAGUUGAUUAAGAUGGGGGCCACCGGGAACCCGAACAUAACUCGCCUCGCCACCCUGCAAGAGCGGAAGAAAACGAUCGAGGAAAGUCUAGCCAAAUGCAACCAGGAAUUGAAACAAAUAUGCCUCCAGGAGGCCGACUUGACCGGGAUAAUCCCCACGGAAAUGCCCCUGGAGCCUGGAGAGUCUCCGCCGUUGAUUCGACGACGUGUUGGCACUGCGUAUCAGUUACCUGAAAAUUUAAUCAAGUCGAGUAAAGAUGAGUCGCUUAAAGACCUAGAGCUGCAAAUACAGGUGCAUGCUAAUAUGGCCGAGGCUGCACUAGGCCUAGCCAAUGAGCAAAAUAUUAGCAAGACAUUGCGUCGCCAACACAUGGCCGAGUAUCAGCAGCAUAAAAUACAGUUUACGGCGCUUCAGGAGAAAUUAUCGGCGUUGAAAGAUAAAGCGCAACAAAAUGAGUUACAUAAACAGAAGAAAAAACCAAGACCGGCCGAACAAGAUGACAACGUAUCGUUGGGCACUAACAUGAAUGAACCUUUCGGCAAGUCUGACCUGAGACAUAGUAUGAGGUCUAACAAGUGUGACACUGAUGUUGAACAAAGGUACCUGCUUUCAAACCCUAGAAUGACUUACAAAAACGUUACUAACUCGUACAUGGAGGGUUCGUUUACCCGGCAAGAGGAGAGCAUCGCGCGUGGUUUAUACGCUUUGAGCUUCAACGGAUAUAAAAACUACAUCGAGCGACAAGAAAGUCUAGCCAACAAUCACAUUGGCGGUUAUAGCACUUUACAAUACAGCCAACUCCAACACUCGCCCGUCAACUCGCACUACUCCCAGUCCUACCAGCCAAACCCACGACCAAAUACUCUCUACAAUUACCCCGUUAACCAGACUUUCCAAGUUCCUCAAGUCAUCCAACAUCACAGCCCCCAAUCGACGCGAUCGCAACACCGGCAGUCUAGUCCCAACCUCAACACAACAAAAAUGUUCUACGCCCAAAACCCCGACUACAGAUUGCACUCCGAAAACCCGCACCAAAUACAGCCCCACCAGCAGUACGAACACAUGACCCUGGGCUUGGGGGGCUACUGGAAGCGGCUAGACAGCGGCCAGACGGUUUGGUGCAACUCUAGCCCCACUGAAUCCAACUGGCAAAGGGACAAGAGGUUUGGAAGCUUGGAUCGCAGGAAAAACAAGAGGUUGCACAAGCGAGUCUCACCGUCGGUUAGUAGCAAGUCGGCGACGCUUGCCACUGUUCCGGUGUAUGCUGAGCAGAUGCGGACUCCGUCCAUCAAAUCGCCUCAAGUGAUUAGUAGGAGGUCUCAGGAUAAUAGGCAGCUAGUUAGAACCCAAUCACUUGGUAGUGUAGGGGGCCAAACUGUUGACAGUGUCUGGCCGAGUGAUGAUAACUCAUCUUGUGAAAGUGAUAAUCGUAGUAUUAAUGAAGCGGGGCAAAACGCCCGGAAGCAGAAGCAAAAAGAAUGGAUGGAGACGUUCCUCGACGGCCCGGUCUCCCCUACACACUCCGUUAUCUCGCGUUCACAAUCAGCGUUACCUUCGGUGUUAUCACCCGAAGAGAAGUACAUCGUGAGCCCCCCUCAACCCAUCCCGCCUCCACAAACCCCUAAACCGCCCCUGGAAAUUCCAGCCGAAUCAAAUCCGUCCCCGCGUAUACCUGAAACAAAUAUAGAAUUAUUUAAUAACAAUAUUCCCAAAAACUGUACUAUCGUCCAAGCCGGUCAUUACAAGCCGUACCAUGAGGAAACCAAGCCGUUUGAAAUGUCCGACUAUUACAAAUACUCGGCAAAGUUCAAAAAGUCGCCCCAGAAGCAGCAGGAAGACACUUUGAAAAAGUCGCAAGGCGGGGCCUCGUUUCAGAAGAAUUUAAACGAAGCGUUUGAUAAGCCGGUGAAAAACCACAACUUCAGCCCGGGAUCGCCGCGUUUGGACAAUUCGGUCAAUUCGAGCUUCGAUCUCAGCCAGAAUGUUGCCGAACGGUUCUCCGACGAAAUGAACGCCUGGUACAAAAGUCAGAACUUACAAAUUGAAAAUAACGGGAGUGGAACUUCCAAGGGGAAAUCCACCGCGACGCUUGUAUGACUUGUUGAAAGACUUAUUUAUAUUGCAAUAAGUAUGUUUUAUUUCCUAAUUUUAAUUGUUUAAAUGUUAACAUUCGUGUGCCUUUUAUACUCCAGAAAUUAUAUUUUGAUAAUCUGAAUUUCGGAAAGUGCCUUGUUUUAAUUGAGCGACAAUACAUUGAUCUCAGUCAAAAACAAUACUGUGAAAGUAGUUAAGUAGGAACUUAACCGAUGCGUGCUUUAAGCAUUUUGUACUAUUUUAGAUUUUUAAAGGUAAAACGGAUAAUUAGCUCAGUUCUAGGUUUAUCGCCCGGCAAUAUUUGGUUUUCAGAAAUGAACCAAAGUCUCGUACCUUGUUAGGUUCGUGUUUGUAUUUAAACUUAUUUUCUAUGUUUUAAUAAAGACGAUUUUAUUUUA